UGGCGAUCAAAAUAAGAAACACGAAAUCUUUCCCGAAAACAGAUAUUACCAAUUUUUUUUUACUGUAAGAUAUAUUUUCCCCAUAAUAUUAAACCCUAGUGCACUAAUCUAAAUCAAAUUAAAACUCCCGCAAAGGAAAAUAUCGGCAGAAGAUGGAUCUUCCGGAGGAGGUACUCGCCGGAAUACUUGCGAAUUCAUCCUUCAGAGACAUCGUUAGGUUCAAACUGGUUUGCAGAGAAUGGAAAUCGCUCAUUGAAUCGGCCCACUUUCGCCGUCUCUUCCAUUCCACAAACCAUGAUUUAUCGUCAUCUGCUUGGUCGCUAGUUUCCAAAGGCGAUGGCUCCAUGAACGAGGUCGUAUCCCACUGCGGACGCGACGGACACUGCCUUUCUCGGUCUCUGGGUUCUUAUACUUCGUCUUUCGUAAGGGAUCUGAUCAGAUUCAAGGAUCAGGAGGACGAUGAGAAGCCUGAGCUUCAAGCUACAAGACAAAAGAUCCGAAAGGUUAAGGUCGUGGCUUGUACGGACGGCUUGGUCUUGUUGUCCGUGAAGCCCUUGUCCGGAUCCCACGCGUAUUACGUGUCUAACCCUGUUCUACGACAAUGGGUCGAGAUCCCUCCUUCUCAUCAGGAAGACCAUCACUUCAAGAUCUCGGGACUCGUCACGCGCGUGGAGAACGGCGUGGUCUCUGGCUACAAAGUGGUUAGGAUGGAGACUGUCUUCGUCGCGAAACCGACGAGUUCCGAUGUUCGGAUAUAUUCAUCAGAGACGGGCGAAUGGACUAUCGAGAAGAUCCAAUGCCCUCGUGCCGUUGAUUUCAUAGUGAACUUCGACCCGGUUAAUCUGAACGGAAGUCUGUAUUGGUUACAAGCGAGUAUGCUCUCUCAUGCGGAACUGAACCGUAUCGACCAGGCCAUUAUAAGUCUCGAUCUCUACGCCGAUGGAUCAGAAGCCGAUCGGGUUCGAACCAUAUCUUUACCCGAUCAUCAACCUCCCAUCUCAUGCCGCCACAACUUCCUCACAACCUCGGGUGGAUUUCUAAUGCACAUACGCAUGCUGAGAGAAAACGGAAACCCUAGAGUUAGGGUUUGGAAGAAGAGCAACGGGAGCGAUGACUGGGUAAUGAUGUGGGACAUGAACACGACGUGUUUAGAGUGGGUCCCAAAGGCAAUGCACCCUUUCGAGACGGAUGUCAUCUACAUGUGGAGCCCUAAUGCGGAGAUCAUGGUUUCAUUUAACAUGAGAACACCGUACGGUACAUGCCAACGUAUAUCGUCCAAACCUUGGAGAUUGGAGUUCUUGUCUCAGUUCGUACUUCCUCGGUGGCUCGAAUCCCUCCCUUCUCCGCCCAACCUGACUCUCAAUGUAUUGCCACGUGGACCGGCAUGAACAUGAUCUUAUUAGUUGUUUUCUUGGUUCCUUUCUUAUAUGAUAUAUA